AUGUCCAUCGAAAAAAAUAGUGAUCAAUUUACAUGUCAAGGUUGUGGUGGUUUAAAUAUAACUGAGACUCCUAAUAUUAUUACAUGCAAUGAUUGUCAUUCUCGAUUAUUCAAAGAUACAAAUAUGAAUGAUGAUAAUCUGAAAAUCAUGAUAUUAACAUUAAAUAAUCAAGAAUAUAAUUUAAAAAUACCAAAAUCACUUAUAAUUAAUUUAUUAAACGUAGAUAAAACAUCUUCAACACAAAAUACUGAUAUUUUUUACAAUGAAAGUAGUUUAAAUAAUCUUCUUUCAACCGAUGUUCAGUUUACGUAUAGUGAAAUUACUGGCCUUAUUACUGAUGUAGCAAUAUAUAUCCAACACUAA